CAUUGUCUUGACUCACCACAUGUGUACCAUAUAUUUUUAUGUCUAUGGUUACAGGUACCUCCAAAUCAAAUGGCGCAUAUAUUACAUACAUCAUUCUUUUCAUUAUUAUUAUUUUGAUCAUCGUGGGAUCAGUUUGGUUCUUGAAAACCAAGAGCUUCAGGCCAUGUAAGCUUAAGAAACCAGCAGCUACUUCUGUUGUUGAAGAGGAUGAAAUGCAGCCCUAUGCUUGCUACACAGAGAAGAACAACCCACUCUAUGAUACUGUGAGCAAGAUCUAGAAUGGAAAACCCAUUUUGAAGUUAGUUUUGCAAAGCUUCUUGGAAGACAAAGACAUUCUAGUGGAUUUGCAUUUGUGCCUUCUACCAUGGGGAUUUUAGUCUUAGCUGCUAUUAGCUAGUUCUGUGAAGAACUUGUGAUUGUACCAAGGAAGCACAUGCUCACAAUAUUCAAAGUGUGCAAUACAGUGAAUAAUGAAAACCGUUUCCUCAAUGAAUAAUUUUGUCAAAGGGACAAUCGUCAACAGUUUCUCAUUAUUCUUUAAGAAAAUUUCUACAUACAUUUUAUAUGUUUAUGUGCCUAUGAUAUAUGUAUGCAUUUACAUGUCUAUUUACAUUUGUGUUUGUAUGUAUAUAAAUGUGUCAAGACACAAACAGGAACAUACUGUAAUGGUGUCCAGUACUUAUAAAAAAGCUAAUAAUGUCUUAGAGAUGUUUUUAUGUAAACACAAGAAAAGCUACCUCAUUCUUUUCUAAUGGCUAUGUAAAAUUCCAUUUUAGGACUAUGUCAUAAUUUAAUUAACUAUAGAUCCAGUGAUGGACAUUCAGAUUGUUUUGUUUGUGGUAGAAACAAUCCCAGUAGACCGUUUCUUGUGGAUAUAUUUCUUUGCAUUGUUUGAGUGUAUUGUAGGAUAAUUUCCUUGAGUGAAAUUUUCAGGUCAGUUGGUAUGCACUUUUAUUACUGAUAGGUAUGUCAAAUUGUAUCAAUUUACGUUCUCUCCAACAGUACACAAUUGUGCCUUGCUUUGAUAUCUGCAAGAGUCUCAUUUCCUUGAUUGCCAUUUUCUCCUUUUAAUUAAACAGUUGGCUAAUAUGAUGUAAGAUUAUAAGAACUGUACUAGUUAAUAAAACUGGAUUUAUGUUUUUUGUUGAAUUUGAAAGAGAGAGAAAGAACAUAUGGGUAAAAAUGUUAGAUUUCUUCUGAGAUCCUUAUUUCUCUAUGGAAAUGUUGAUAUUCAAUGCUUAACGGUUUUGCAGAUGUUACCGGUUGGAACUGUGUAUUUUUAUGUUGUACAUUGUACUCUGGUGUAUUUCCAAAAAUAGAUAUCUAUGGAUUAUAUACAUAGCUACAUAUGCACUACAGAGGACUUGGGGUUUCUACACACUAAGAGAACAGCUGUAGGAUGACAUGACCCUCCCCUACAUUUUUCUGUGGAGUAAAAUAUUGAGAAGAUGUAUAUGGGGAAUUUUUAAUUUCACAAAAACUAGUUAGUCAUGAAAAGUAUGAAAAAAUAAGACUGCUCUAUAGCAGGAAAGACAUUAAAAGAUUUUUCAUCAUGACAAAUUAAAAUGCAGUAAUUCUUCGAUUGUGCUAUCAAAGAAAUUUAAGACAAUUAUUUUGUCUUACUAAUACAUUUUCCCCUCUCCAGACAUUUUAAUUAUUUUAGGCUUUAUUUUUAAGGGGAGUUCUUAAGUCUAUGUUGGAGGUAAAACUAAUAUGUUGACAUGUGGCAUGUAGUAUUUUUAAAAGAACUAUUCGGACUUGAGCUCUUUACCCUACACAACCCCAGUUCAAUCCAUUAAGUUUCUUCACUUAAGUAUUACUGAAUGGUGUGUGCAGUGGACAUCGUAACCCUGUCCUUCACGUUUAUUAAUUCUUCAUCCAUUCUUAGCUGGGAUGACCCUUGUAAUUACUAAGACCAAGAUUGUAUGUUUAAAUAUUACUUAAAAAUAACAAAAUGCACUUACAAUUUAACUUCAUAAUGUUCAAGCAGCACAUAACACCAUAGAAAAGAUUUCAAGAUAGUUCAGAAACCAGGCGCAGUUUUGCACAUCUCUAAUCCCAGUUCUCUGGGAGGCUGAGGCAGGAACAUCUCAAAUUUGAGCUAAGCUGGGUAAUUUAGUCACUUAGCAAGACUUUGUCUCAAAAUUUAAAGAAAACAUAAUAAAGAAAAAUAAUGUCUGGGGACAUAGCUCAGUGCAAAGGCCCUGGGUUCAAUCCUCAGUACUGCUAAAAACACUUAAUAAAUUUGAAAGUGUAAGCAUUAUACUAUGCAGGAAAUAAUUGUAUGAAAAUGGAAAAGUAUGAAAGUGAAACAAGGCUGAAUAUUUGAAUCAUAUGGGGAAACAAAAUAUUUAUACAGAAAUCCGCUCCAGUUCUGCUGAAUCAGAAAAGCCAGAGAGUGGACCAAUAUCUCCCUUAGUUACUUUCUCCUCACUGGGACAAAAUAUCCAACACUUUCAAUUGAAUAGAGGAGCGGUUUCUGUUGGUUCAUGGUUUCUAUCCGUGGUCAGGACGGGCCCGGAAGAAAGGGCUGCAGAGGAAUGCCGCUCACAUCAUGGUAGCCAGGAAGCAGAGAAGGGAGGAGCCUUGGAAGGAAUGCAGCUUUCAUACUCACAGCCCAGGGACCGCCUCUCUGACCAGCCCCACUUCCCAACAGCACACUCAACUGAUGACCUCAUUAGUGGUCGAAUCCAUUGAUAAGUACAGUGCCCUCAUAAUCCAGACCUUCCAAACACGUGAGGCUUUAUGGUAUCCAAACUCUAACAACCAGAUAUGCCAGUUCAGGCAUCCAGGAAGCAGAGGCUGAGAUGGAAUUAGGGCUGUUGAAGAUUAAUUGGGGAAAGAAAGUACACCUGUGAAAAACUAAAGGGCACGGGAAGCAGGAUAGGGCAAGGUAAGCCUUUAGACUGCAAUGCUGAUCUGAAUGAGAACUGUGAAAAGAAAGAGGAGAGGAACCAGGAUCGAGAAGGAAGAACCUAGAGUACAAUGUUAGAAUUGUCCGAGCCCUAGCCAAACCAGUGGGGAGCUCUGGAGCAAAGUAGAGUCUUUUAUGUAUGGAAAUGACAUUCUGAUACCCCUGGGAGAUUAGUCAUUGGCUGGGGGCUGCCUGGAUAGAGCACAGCCCCGACUCAAAACCUGAAAUGGAUCCUGAUGGUGUUAUCAAGUGCAAACCAUCAGUAACUGUACUCUUGCAGUGGAAUAGCAAGUUUUCUACCGAUGGGAAAUCUGAACCACACACCUAUGUGGUUAUAGUCUGUCACUGUAUGUCUCUCUAGGUGAAACUCGUUUACUGAUCUUAUCUUAGGCAUACCUUCUGUAAAGAAUCUAUCUAGAAGCUACAACUAUUGUUUACUGUUUUUAGAAUUUUAUGUUUACUAAGGAAGUUUAAAUCAUACACAUGUGUUGUGAUUAUUUACCUAUUUGUUCAUAUUUUUACAAUCUUAUAUGUCUUAUUUACUACGCUUCCUCCUUUUUCCUCAUUUCAUUUUUCCUUGUUGUGCUUUGUUACAUUAUAUGUUUUAUCUCUCUCUCCUCCAAUAGUUUCAAAUUUAUCCAUUAUAACUUACAUCUGUUAGUGGUUAUGCUUUGUUUAUGGACUCUAUAAGCAAUUUUAUUGUGGAUAUAUUGAUAUAUUUAAAAUGUAUACUUUGUUUAGACAUAGCUUUACACAUGUACAACCAUCAGUAUAAUCAGUAUAAUAAACUUUCCACCACCGCCAAAA